AUCCGUAGGCUCGAAAUAUAAUUCAUAUGAUCAUUUUAUCUAAACUAUAUUUAUUUGAUAUGUGGAUAGAUGGCGCUAUCGAUCGACGAGUGUGGAGCUAACAGCGAAUCGCCGAGAGAAACCUGUGGCAGGUUUCAUUCCUGUGCCGCGUGUUAUGCGCAUCAGCAUCACCACAUGCAUGGCUCUGAAGACUUGAGUCAAAGACUUUGUUAUUGGGAUUAUGACACGAUAAAAUGUAAACCUGCUAAUUCAUCAGAUGACAUACGGAGUGUCGCGUCAGCUGGGCCUUGCAGCGCUCCUUGUUCUACCUUCCAAACGUGUGCUAAUUGUACAGCGGAAGAAUGUAUAUGGUGCGCUUCUGCGGGCAGGUGCGUUGAUAAGAACGCAUACGGGGCGUCGUUCCCGCUGGGCGGUUGCCGUGCGUGGUCCACUAGCGGGGGCGCGAGCACGUGCGGGUCGGGGGGCGGGGGCGCAGGCGGCGGCGGCGGGUGCGGGGCGCACGUGUCGUGUGCCGCGUGCCGCGCGGAGCCCGCAUGCGGGUGGUGCGACGACGGCGCCGGCGCCGGCCGCGGCCUGUGCCUGCCCGGUGGGGGGCGGAGGCCGCACGCGCCGCACGUGUGUACGCAACAUAGGUGCGUAUACGUAUACCGCAAGACACAAAAAAUACGUUUUUUCUUUUCUGGUAGUGUUUAAUAUACUAUUACGGAUAAUCACAAUUUUAUGCUUAUGAAAUUUACAAAUUUGCAUAAUGAAUAGUUACGAUAGGUACCAAUGAGUAGCGCUUCAACCUACCGCAAAUCUGACGUAAGAUAUUCGCGUAUAUUGCAUGAAU